AGGGCUACACUUUGGACUUCAUGGCCAGAGGACAGCGACGGCGCUGAGGAUCCCCAGGCCCUUCCAUAUUCCAGGCUGGCUCUCCUCUCCUCUCCGGUUAACGGUCUAGGACAGGAAAGAGGGACGGGCGUGCAAAGGGAGGGAGGGGUACCUGCCACAAGUCACUUGGUCAUUACCCUCACCACCUCCGCCUAGCGGCACCCAACCUCUCAUUUACCCCUCAUUACCCUGGCGCCUGGCAGGGGUCUGGCCGGGAAGGGAGGACGCGCUGGUGGCCCGCGCGAGGGUGGAACAGGUUCCAGCCCCAAGCCCCGACCAGGUGGCGGAUGGCUGGUUAGGUGGGGGGGGGGGGCGGGGGGAAGGAGAGGGCGCACACCACGAAGUGAGAGCUCCCGGCCCGCGGGUGGUUGGCGGCUGUGUCCGGGAGUCCGGCUCCCUGUCCUCCCCGCCUAGGUGACCACGACCACGGCGCAGCACGGGCCGCAGAGAGGGGGAGGUGCCAGCCCGUGUCCCGCCCCUCGGCCUCCACCUUCGCCGCUCCUCCCGGCCCCGUGCAGCCCGGUCCCGCGGGCCGCUCGGUCCCAGUCCCAGGCUGGGAUAGAGGGGCUGUCAUCGCCGAGGAGGCUGACAACGACCCCGAGUCCCACCGGCCCCAGCAGGCAUCGAGGACAACGGAAGCCGGGACACCUGCGUGCACAGGCCCUGCCUACUGGAAGGGAUGGGUCUUCCAUCCAGGUUUGGGAAGGAGAGAGGUGGAGUCCUGCAUCUGACUUCCAGCUCCAUGAUGGUGUCCUCAGAGGCUGGAAAAGGCUGAAGUUAGUGGGAGACCAGAGCGCUGCUUCUGCUAGGCUCGUCUCUAACGACCCCAUCUGACAGGUCUCCCAACUUCACCAGCUGAGCGUGGCAGCCGUGGGGGUCCAGGUACAAGAGGACGCCUUCUACCUGGGGCUAUUUAGAGUGCUAGAGAUUUUCUGUGACCCUUGCUCCCAGCUGCUCUUGAGACUACAACAUCCUUUGAGGCCAAAGUGGGAAUGUUUCCUAGACAAAAGGGAACCCCCUUUCUCCUGGACACUGGCGUUAUGAUCCUCUGGGGGUGACCCAGUAUAGAAGCAAUGCAAGCCUUUGAUCCUCCAAAUGAGGGCCCCCUCCAAGGCCUGGUUGCUUCCCGAAUUGAGACUUAUGGGGGCCGUCGUUCGACUUCUGCCCAGAGCACUGCUGGGAAUAUCUAUCCCAGAGGAGGUCCUAUAUUGGACCCCAGUCGCCGACGCCUCCAGCAUUAUGUCCCUUUUGCCAAGGGCUCUGGCCAUGCUCGAGGCCUGUCUCCUCUGAUGCUUCGGGAACCAGAGCCAGAGAAGAGGCAUGGAGGCCAUUUUGGGGUUGGCCCACCUCACUCCCCCAAACUCAAGGAAGUCGUCAAGGCCCAUGAGCUGGAGGUGAGACUGCACACAUUCAGCAUGUUUGGGAUGCCCCGCCUGCCACCUGAGGACCGGAGACACUGGGAGAUAGGAGAGGGAGGUGACAGUGGCCUGACCAUCGAAAAGUCCUGGAAGGAGCUAGUGCUUGGACACAAGGAGAUGAACCGUGAGCUUUGCCACCAGCAGGAAGCACUGUGGGAGCUCCUGACCACGGAGCUGAGCUACUUGAGGAAGCUCAAGAUCAUGACUGAUCUCCUGGCAGCUGGUCUGCUGAAUUUACAGAGAGUGGGACUGCUGACUGAAGUGUCAGCUGAGACCCUGUUUGGAAUUGUCCCCAACCUGAUUAGAGCCCACCGGAGCUUUUGGGAAGAGGUGAUGCAGCCCAUCCUGGAAGAGACUCGAACCUCUGGCCAGCCUCUGGACCCUGUCAGCUUACAAAAUGGCUUCCUGACAUUUGGCCAGCGGUUCCUGCCGUACGUUCAGUACUGCCUGCGAGUGAAGCAGACCAUGGCUUAUGCCCGGGAGCAGCAGGACACGAACCCUUCGUUCCACACGUUCGUGCAGUGGUGUGAGAAACACAAACGCUCGGGAAGGCAGACGCUGGGCGACCUGCUCAUCAAACCCCACCAGCGCAUCACCAAGUACCCACUGUUGCUGCAGGCUGUGCUCAAGAGAAGCCCCGAGCCCCGAGCCCAGGAGGCCCUGAACGCCAUGGUAGGUACUCAGAUUGAAGCUGUGGAGUCCUUCCUGCGACAUAUAAACGGACAGGUCCGCCAGGGUGAAGAGCAGGAGAGCUUGGCGGCCGCGGCCCAGCGCAUAGGACCCUAUGAGGUGCUAGAGCCCUCCAACGAGGAGGUGGAGAAGAACCUGCGUCAGUUCUCCACCCUGGAUCUCAUGACUCCUAUUCUAGGGGUUGCCCAGGAGCACACAAGGCAGCUACUGCUGGAAGGACCCGUGCGCGUGAAGGAAGGGCGAGAAGGGAAGCUGGAUGUGUACCUGUUCCUCUUCUCUGAUGUGCUCCUGGUAACCAAGCCUCAGCGCAGGGCGGACAAGGCCAAGGUCAUCCGCCCCCCUCUCAUGCUGGAGAAACUUGUGUGCCGACCACUACGAGACCCCCACAGCUUCCUGCUGAUCCACCUCACUGAAUUCCAGUGUGUCUCCAGUGCCCUCACUGUGCACUGUCCCACCCCAGCAGAUCGUGCACGGUGGCUGGAGAAGACCCUGAAGGCUCAGGCCACUCUGCAGAAGCUGAAGGCUGAGGAGUAUGUUCAACAGAAGAGGGAGCUCCUGGCCAUCUAUCGCGACCAGGGCAGGGGGUCCCCCAGCACUAGACCCUCCACUCCUUCCCCAGAGGACUCUCAGAGCAGUGCCGAGGGGAGGACUUUGGAGCUCAGCAUCGUCCCCCGCCUAGUGGUGACUGAAGACACGGAUGAAGAUGCUCCCCCUAUGCCCGAUGACACCUCGGACUCUGGCUAUGGCACCUUGAUUACAAGCUCCCCCAAGAACUCUCACUCCCCGCUGAACAGGCUUCGGUCCAAAGCUCUUCGUAGGGACCCUCGUCUUACCUUCUCCACCCUGGAACUCCGAGAUGUUCCUUUGCGGCCCCAGCCUCCUGACCCCCAAGCUCCCCAGCGACGAAGUGCCCCAGAAUUUCCGGAUGGGAUCCUGAGAGGAGGCAGUCUACCCAGGAGAGGCCCCCCAGCCUGGUGCGAGGAGGAAGAUGAGACUUUGACCACACGGGAUGUGGUGGUAGAAACCCUACACAGGGCACAACGGCGCAGCCCGCUCCCCCACUCUCCCACCCAUACUGACUCUGCUGAGGAAAGCCCCUGGGAGUCCUCAGAUGAAGAAGAGGGACCUCUCUCCCCUGGACUCCGCCCCGGCCCGCUGCGGGCCGAGGAUAUGCUCAGGGAGAUAAGGGAGGAGCUGGCCACCCAGAGGAUCGAGGGAGCCUCGGAACCUGGGGAUGGCAAGCCUCGGCAGCUCACUCGAGCCCAGUUGCAGAGAAUGAGAGGGAGCCACGUCAUACACCUGGACACCCCCCUGUCCACAUCAGAAGUGUGAGGAGUGGCGGAGCCCUUGGGCACAUCUCCUAGAGGAACUGUACCCCCAAGAGUGCUGGUCACCACCCUCCCCCUGGACUCUACCUCAAGGACCCACUUCAAACCAUGCCUGACCCAGGCACCCGCCUCCUGCUCUGAGAACUGUACAUUUGUGUCUCACAGACUCAUCCCUGAGCCCUACAUAAAAGUGCCCAGGAAACGUG